CUUAUGCUGUGCCUGAAUGAAAAUCUACUUUGCGUUAAUGCUAACUGGCUAUCCAUGUCUGCCCACCCUUGACAACCAUUGACAUCACGGAAGAGUUAUCCGAAUAACGUGGUCCAGACGAAGGUACCCUGUCGCUGCACAUUAGUUUGCCAUUUAAUUCUUAAAUGAGGUACAGGGCAGGUCAUAUACUGUCACAGCAUUAUGGGAAAGGCUGCUACGUUGUUCAGUUUGCUUACAGACAUAGAGCAGAAGCAUUUUCUAAUAGAUAUUAUUGUAUGCACCAAAAAAGUCCAAAGAAUGAGGCAUCCAGAAUAGUUCCUGCACAACAGCGUGUGGUCGAUGUCAUGAAGAGCCUUACUGAGGUGGGAAGACACUGGGGACAGAAUUCGGCCAAAACCAUCUCGGCCACAGUCAACAAUUGGUGGGGAAAGUAUGAAGAAUUUGUGGGUCUUGUUGAAGUUCGAGACGCCCAGACAAAAGUUACAGAGGCUGAGAAGGCCUUUAUGGUGGCCAGAGGGAUGGUUCGCGAGGCCCAUGCGAGUUUGGAAGCUCUACAGGGCCGGUUGAAGGAGGUCAGAGACCGGCUGGACCGUGUUUCACGUGAGGAGGCCCACUACCUGGAGCUGGCCACAUUGGAACAUAAGUUGCUUCAGGAAGAGCGGCGUCUGCGGACAGCCUACGAGAAUGCGGAGGAGGCCGAGAGGGAACGUUUUGCUCUUUUCUCGGCAGGGGUACGCGAGAGCCACGAGAAAGAGCGAACCAGGGCAGAGAGGACCAAAAACUGGUCUGUCAUCGGUUCCGUUCUAGGGGCCUUGAUCGGAGUUAUGGGGUCCACUUAUGUCAAUAGGGUACGUCUCCAGGAGCUUAGGAGCCUACUGAUGGAGGCUCAGAAGGGACCAGUGAGUCUACAGGAAGCCAUCAAAGAGCAGGCUGCUGUGCACAAGGUCCAGCAGGAGGAGCUUAGAGCUCUUAUUGGUACUUUGAGGGAAGCUGUUCCUGAAAGGACACUGUUAGGCUCCAAGGCGACAGCACACCCAGCUACUAUUCCCAGCCCUCUGACCCCCCUUACAAGUGCCAUCCAGUCCACACUGAAUGACAUUCUGCGCUCCACUCAAGGAGCCCACACUCUGAUGCAGGAGCUCCAACCACAGCUAGCGCAGCUGGAAAAGAUCCUGGGCAGCGUGCGCUCCGAGCUUCGAGAGGUCCGGCUGGCGUCCCUCAGACAGCCCGCUGCGGGGAAGCCGCUCAUCGGCACGGGGGAGGCGCAGGUGCUGCUCCGUGACACUGAGGGUGUCAUGCAAGGACUGGUCCAAACCGAGAAGCGGCUGGAGAGCCAGAUUAACAAGACCACACUGUACAACACAGUUCUUACAUACACUGCUUUUGCUCUAAGUUUGCCUGUCUUGUAUUUAAUAUUUAAAGGCAACUGAGCAAUACUGAGAGCUGUUAAAUACAGUCAAAGAUAGGGUAAUUGUCAAUAUUAAUCAGCUGCUGUAAUAUUUUUACAUAUCUCUGCUGUUUUGGGGUAAAACCUAUAGAAUAUUAAUAUGAAUAAUAAAUAAUAUGAACAUUAAA